AUGGGAAAACUUCCGGCAAUCAUUGGUAUUUGUUCCGUGCUUUUGGUGGCUAUGGUAGCAGCAAUAGCCGUUGGUGUCAGCCGUGCAAAAGAUAGUGACAAUGGUGAUGCCAAAGUCUCUACUUCCGAAAAAGCGGCCCAAUCCAUAUGUCAAACUACUGAUUAUAGACAAACAUGUGAAAAUAGUCUUUCGAACGCCAACACCACCGAUCCCAAAGAGCUGAUAAAGGUCGGUUUUCAAGCGGCAAUCCAAGAGAUUGGCAAAGUGAUCGCCAAUUCCUCUACUAUCCAAAACGCGGCUAAAGACCCCAUGACUCGUCAAGCUGUCGACAAUUGCAAAGAGCUCAUGGGGUACGCCAUUGACGACCUCAAAGCCUCGUUUAAUCAACUCGGUGCAUUCGACGUUAGUAAGCUAGACGAAUACGUCGAGAAUCUCAAGAUAUGGAUGGGUGGUGCCAUUACGUAUGAACAAACAUGCUUAGACGGGUUCGUGAACGUAUCCACUGAAACCGGUGUGAAAAUGAAGGCGUUGUUGAGUACUUCACAAAAGUUAACCAGCAAUGGGUUAGCCAUGGUGACCGACAUAACUAAAAUCAUUAAGGACCUUAACAUUCCAGGCAUGGAAGGCGUCAGCACGGGACGUAAGCUAAUGGCGGAAGAUGGGUUCCCUUCGUGGGUUAGCUUUAAGCAACGACAACUACUGCAACAAAAUGCGGCGGACAUGAAACCUAAUGUGGUGGUUGCUAAAGAUGGUAGCGGCAAAUUUAAUAGCAUCAAUGAAGCCUUAAAGGAAGUGCCUAUGAAAAAUACAGCUCCAUUUGUGAUCCAUAUUAAGGCUGGCGUUUAUAAUGAACAAGUUUUGGUUGCUAAAACUAUGACUAAUGUUGUGUUCGUCGGAGAUGGACCGACCAAGACUGUCAUUACCGGUCGGAUGAACUUUGUCGAUGGCACCGUCACAUUCAAGACUGCAACUCUUGCUGUUGUGGGUGAAAGAUUUAUUGCAAAGAAUAUUAAAAUAGAAAACACAGCUGGAGCGAUCAAGCACCAAGCAGUGGCACUUAUGGUCCAAAGUGAUCGGUCCAUCUUCUACAAUUGUCAAAUGGAUGGCUACCAAGACACGCUUUACACCCACAGUCACCGUCAAUUCUACAGGGACUGCACCGUCUCCGGCACCAUUGACUUCGUCUUCGGCGACGCCGCUACCGUCUUACAGAACUGCAAGCUUAUCGUUAAUAAACCACUCGACAACCAACAAUGCAUCAUCACCGCCCAAGGACGGACCGAACGCCGUGAGGUUUCCGGUAUCGUCCUCCAAAACUGCACCAUCUCCGGCGCACAGGACUACCUUCCGGUUAAGGCCACGAGUAAAACACACCUCGGUCGGCCUUGGAAACAGUACUCAAGGACCAUCAUCAUGCAAUCUCAGCUCGACGACAUCGUCACCCCCGAAGGAUGGAUGCCGUGGCAAGGCACCUUCGCCCUCGACACUUUGUGGUACGCCGAGUUCAAAAACCGAGGACCUGGUGCGGUCCAGACCAAUAGGGUUAAAUGGAAAGGUAUACAACAGAUCAAUGACGCUCAAGCUAAGGAAUUCACUGCUGGUGUGUUCUUACGUGGUGAUGAAUGGAUCACGAGCUCUGGGGUGCCUUACAUCGCCGGCAUGGUUCCUGGUGUAUAGA